UUUAGUUUUGUUUGAAUGCAAAAUUGAAUAAUAAUGUACUAACUUACCAGGCUCGCCCGGUGCCCUAAACAUUCUUUUUUUACACGUCAGACCGACAGGAGGGCACAGUCGUAAAUAGUAGCUUGUCCGUCUCGUUAUUAUGUUAGUAGCUAACAGUUAGCUUCUUGGUUGGCUGCUUGCUACAUAACGACGCUGACCGUUUGCUGCCCUGUUAGCAUUUUAACCUUGUGUGAGACUUCAUUAGGUUACAAUAUCGCCUGCUUUGGUGGCUACAAAGGAAAGCUAAUAUUAGCCCCAGUAGCGCCUGUCUGUCGUCCAGCUGACCAACUUCUUCCUCUUGCUAACAGUCUAGCCACCUGCUAACACUAGCCGCCUGCUUUAACAUCUGCUGAUGUUGUUGUCAGAGUUGUCUUAACACGAGGUCUGACACAAAGGCGUCACUUUUUUUACCUGCAUAUUCCGUAUGUUUUUUAUUGCAUCUGAAUGGUUGAAUGGUUGUUAUAGAUUAACCGGGUUCCUCGUUGGCUAGCUGAACUAGCAAACAGCAAAGCAGUGUAGUUAAAUGUUAUCUGCAUUGUAUAAACAUCCGAAUGAAUCCAGCCACUUCUACAACGUCUGGGAAAAUAAGGUCUUGUUGGCACAUGUCAUUGACCAGCUUGAUGCAUGAUGUGAGCUGUGUGGUGUUUUAAAGGCUUUUGACACCUGGAAGUGGCUGCUGAUAUGGUGGACCUGAGACUGACUUGUAGGAGCCCCCAGUCUCACUUUUUGAUGAGAGUCUGGGGAAAUGUUGCCACAAAAUAUGGAUCUAGGAUGUCAUCUUCUCAGAGUUUCCAAUUUCACAGCACAUUAAUCAAAAAGCUGUAAGGGACAUGGAGAGGGAAGCAGCUGAGAAGGAGAUGGAUGAAGUUACAGACACUGAUGAGGAGAUCCCUGGUGGUGUUUCCACCAUAGUGACCGAAUCUAGUCAGUGUGAGGCCAGAGAGAUUGAUGAUGACUGUGACCAGGAUGACAAAACAUCCAGUCACAAAUCUCAGGACACCUCAAACUCUGCCACUCCACAAGACUUAAACAUUGGUGAGGCAGAGAUUUGUGGAUUUGCAGAGGCCAAAGACGAUGAAGAGCAGGUUUCAGAUGGGUUUGAGCAUGACGGCACCACAGAUCACGAGAAUGUGCAGGCUGUGAGUCAAGAAGAGGAUGAAAUUGAGGAGGAGCAGCAGCACAUGAAUGGAGAGUCUGGUUGGAGGAACCUGGGAAGUGGACGGAGGUGCAAACUGAAGAGCAGUGGUUCUUUUUCAGAGCAAAGCAGUCAAAGCACUUUUGCCUCCACUCAAAAAAGCAAUGUGAUGUCUAGUGGUGGACGGCAUAAGCAGACCCGCAGACGUAACCACCAUCACCAUCAGCAGAACCGGGGCCGCAGGCGGACUGGCAAACAGCUCGUCUUAGCUUUCAAGGAGAUGCUGUCAGAGUCUCUCAGCUUCUGGUGCAUCUCCUGUGUCCACAUGAUGAUUGAGAUUAUUGUCACAUUAACUCACAAUUGUGGAGUUGGUGUGGAAACUGGAGGAGUGAAACUUUACAACUUUGGACAGCGGCUCCUUUUAAAGAUCACAGAUGUACAUGGUUUGAAAGCAGAUGCUAGUCGGAUUCUCAAUUGGACUAAAUGUGCGGGAGUGGAAGCUGUGGAUAAAAUAGUUAGGUCAGUGAAGUGGGUAAAGUCAGCUGCCUUAUCUUGUUUCAGACUUUUCUGUGCUUUGGUCAUCCUUGGGUCACAGUGGGCAAAGGGUUUAGUGGUCCGACUUGGUGGAGAGUGUGGAAAACGCUACUGGACAGCUUUUCAGGAAUCAAAGUUUUGGAAACGAGUUGUGUCUCAGCUGGAGAGAGUUCAAAGGUUUUUCAGGCGAGAUCGCUACACACGACCAUCGACGCCUGAGUCACCGAGCAGAGGAGGGAGGGGCCACUCAGGCCAGGAGCUGGAGAGACUUCUGGCUUUGGUUGAGAUACCAGAGAAUGAGCUCGACCCCUUUACAGUGCUCGGUGUGGAGGUGCACGCCACUGAGGCUGAGCUGAAGAAGGCCUACAGACAGCUGGCUGUCCAGGUCCAUCCAGACAAGAAUAAACACCCACGUGCUGGAGAGGCCUUUAAAGUACUGAGGGCUGCCUGGGAUAUUGUCAGUAACCCAGAGACACGACGAGAAUAUGAGUUGAAACGCAUGGCAGCGACUGAGCUCUCGAAGUCCAUGAAUGAGUUUCUCACUAAGCUGCAGGAUGACUUGAAGGAAGCCAUGAAUACCAUGAUGUGUACCAAGUGCGAGGGCAAACACAAGCGGUUCGAGAUGGAUCGUGAUCCAGCCGAGGCCCGUUUCUGUGCUGAAUGUAACCGUUGCCAUAGUGCUGAGGAGGGGGACCUGUGGGCCGAGUCAAGCAUGUUGGGCCUACGCAUUACUUAUUUUGCCUGUAUGGAUGGCAAAGUCUUUGAUAUCACAGAGUGGGCAGGCUGUCAAAGAAUAGGCAUUUCUCCUGACACGCACCGUGUGCCCUAUCACAUUUCCUUUGGUUCAAAGAACAACGGCAACCCCACACGACACAGGACGACCUCGGAACACUCUACAGGUCCAGCCAAUCCUGCCGAUUUGCAGGACUUCUUCAACCGCAUCUUCAAAGGACCUCCUACUGACAUGGCUGCCAAUGGGGGCUUCUUUCCCUCAGGUCCACCUCAACAUCACCCGCCUGGUGCUGGAGUGCCCCCCUUCUCUCCUCCCCCAAGCCAGACAGGCUUCCACAUGCCAGGGAGUCACCGGCCAGAGUCCAGCGAGACUUGGGCUGAAGGUGGCAAACCCCCCAGGCGAAGGAAGAAGGUCCGGAAACCCUUCCAGAGGUGAAGUCUCUCCAACCUCUCAGUGUAUCAAUGAAGCAACACAGGGACACAACUAAUAAUGGCCAUGUUUGUCUAUUGCCUGCCUGUCGGCAUGCCAAGCUCUGAACUGGAGAAUAUUAACGUGGACAAGGCUGCGCUCAGAUCAGCCAGAGGAGAAAGAAAGUGAUUCAUGAAGCAGAGUGUGUGGACUGAGAACAAGUAUUGAAGGAAGGCUGAAGAGGUGGCAGUGACGGUGCUUUACCUCUCAUUUUACCUUUCUGUUUCUGUUGGUCUGUAAGACGACUGUAGCCUUGGCAUUAAAAUCCUUAUCAGGAUGCUGUCAUGAAACAUUUUUCCUUUCAUAAUUUCCUGCCAAAUCCUGCAAAGCAUGAUUAAUCACUUGCAUUUCAACACUUCAGUUCUCUCAGUUUUGUUAUCGUUUUCUUCGCGUGUGCUUAGUUCAAGACAUUGAUUUUAUGGCUGACUGUUGAAAGAUGGUUUGCAGUCAGUUGGACUGCAAAUUAUUCACAAUACACAUGAAGAAGAUCUGAGCAACAUCACUGUCAGUGUUUUACUCACGAUAGUGGCACGUGGGUCAACCUCUAGAUCUAUACUCCGCCCACCGUCUUUUAAGAAAAGACUCCAAACCAGCCAAAAGCAACACAAGUUAACUCAACUCAACUCUUUGUGUGCGAGCUGACCUGAGAGUGGCCAGGGUUUAGUUUCAGCAGGGUAUCGGUGUGGUUCACUGAUCAUAGGCACACAGACACCGAGAGUUGGCAUCAACAUUUAGAGUAAGUGUGGCUCAGUGAAUCAGAAAUCUGCAGAUGCAAUUUGCAUAUUUUUGAAUAAUGUUUAUUACAAGCAGGAACAUUUCUUGAAAAAAACACAUUUUUCACAUAAUUACAAAUGAUUUGGAUCCUAAUGUUGUGAGUUUUUGUUGAAAUUAUCACUUGAUCCAAUUCCAGUGGUUACAUUUCUAUUGAAUGGUUGCGUUAUUACAGCCACAACUGUAUCUUCUAAUUCAGAAUUAGUUAUGUUAGCAGUGGCGCUUACAUUUGUCUGCAUUUUUCCAGAGAAUCACAUCAGUCAUUGGAGCCCUACUUAAUGCAAUUGAGUUUGUUUUUAAAAAGGUACAUUUUAACACAGCCCAGUCAGAUUUUGUGAACAUGAGAAGCCAGAAACAACAACCUGUGAUGCUGUCAAGAAAUUAGAGUGAAGUGGGAAGAAGGUGUAAUUUAUUUUAUGAUAUUGAUUUAAUUUGUUAAUCUCCCUGCUGUUUUUUUGUCUUAGACUCAAGAUUGACAAUAUAAUUACAACCGAGGUUCAAAUAUAACAGCAGGAGUGAAUUCAGUUUGUGUUUGCCUUUAUUUGCUGAAACCUUGACAUUUUGAAACCUAUAUUUGCUGCAAAAGACUUUGUUAAAUAAAUGGACUCAUACUGCCCCCUGUUGAUCUGCCUUGUAACCACUCUACUGAUUUUUAAUGUCAGCCUAUUAAAAACAGACUGUGUCCAAUCAGACACUGUCCAUUAUAAAUAGCAACAUUAUGUUUUUCCCCUAAUGAUUAUUAAUAGCUCCACAGUAAAAAUGCAGCGUGUUGCAUCUGCAUAGUUUAGGUUGUUCAAGCUGUUUUGGCUUCAGGAGAAAAUGCCUAAAAAAAAUAUCCCCUGUGGAAAAUAAUUCUACCACUUAGAGAGAGAUAAGCGCCUGAAUCUCAGUGAUUCUUAGCUGCUUAGCUUACCCUUUGCAUAGCAGCUGUUUUGCACAGGUGUUCUCAUAAUGAUGGCUUUAUUCAGUUCAUGUAAGUCAUGACCAUGUGAUUGUGAAGCUAAAUGGAACAGGGCCAUCGUUACUUAGAUGAUUCACACCUGGUACUCUCCUCCUCCUCCUGACUUGUCAAAAUGGCGGCUGGGCAAAGGGCCCUUUAACAAUAUUCUCAUUUUGACUUCCAGGUGUUGAAACAGCUUUCAGAAUGUCAAGGUCACAAAUCUCCAGAACAAAUAAAUCUUCACAUCCUUGUAAUAACCUCAGUGUUGCUGCUUGUAACAACAUGAACAGUGUUUGUUAUUUGGGUUUGGUUUUUUGAAGAAGAAGAAAAGAGACUUUAAUCUUCAUUGGUUCAUUUCAGAAUUGAUAUUGAUAUUGUUUACACCUGAUAUGUGACGAUUGUGAAGCAUUUGAGGCAUAAAAGGUUAUUUUUUAUAUUGACAGUUGAGCAGAAAUGCCAUUUUUAGUUUUGUUUCAAUUGUGUUCAUUUGCACUAUCCCUGUCCCACGCUUGUAAUAACAUCACAGGAUUUGAACAGUCAUCAGUGAUUUAAUCAGACUCCUCCAGCUGCGGCUGCGUAGGAGGUGUAGCUUGUUACGCUAGAUACGUUUUUGGUAAAAAAAAAAAAAAAACAAGAAGAAAGUUUAAUGAGUGACAAUGUUAUCUGAAGAUCUCAUUUGAGUGGGCGACCAUUGCACUUCACUUACCAUCUGGAGAAUCUUAAAUAUUUUUUGCAUAAUGUAGGUUUUGUGGGGUUUUUUCUUUGCAAAGUUUGCUUAUGUUCAUCAAAGCAGUACAUUGUGUUGAUUUCUUUCAACUUUUCUUGACAUGAUCUUUUCUGGACAGUUUUCCAGACAUGGAUUGAUUAAAUGUAAAUGAAUGAUAUCAAGGAUUAAGGAUUAAAAACAAUGUCAGAGCCUGAAAGAAGAUCAGGGAGAUUGUUACUAUUUGAUAUCCAGAUAACACAAAAUCAACAAAAUGACUUGAAAAUUUGUUAAAUGACAGAAUGACACUUAAGUUUCUCAUAUUUUUCUUUUUAUUCAUUACAUUGUUACCAAUAUUUUCAGAAAACAACUUUGCAAUGUUGAUAAACUGUCAGAUAUCCACUUUAGUCCCUGUCGACAAAAAACCACGUCCCCACCUUGACUUAACAAUGUAAAGUGCUGGAUGUUAAAGGUAGCAGUUCAAAGUCCAGAACGUUUAAGGCAGAGCCAACACUUCAAGAGUUUUUCUUGUCUUUUCAACAGAAUAUGCAGAAGUAUUGCAAAAAAAUAUCUGACAAUCAUCAGGGUUUUUGUAGGGAAUUGUGUAGCGUGUUUCCUGGCUGGCAAAGCGGUUUUAAAAAUAUCACUGUUGGUUUUCGUUUCCCCGCUCUCUGGUUUUCAAAAUAAAGAUGAUUUCCUAUAUGCAA